CAUCCGGGCGGCUCUCGCUCCUCUUCAAUCGCAAUCCGCUCCCCUUCCCUGCGCUCUCCACCGGGGAGUUCUGUGGCUGCACAAGAAAACCCUCGAAUCCCGGGACCUUCGUCGGCGUCCGGUACCGGGCCGUGAGACGCUGCUCCCCGCACCGCCGGUCGCACAUGCCGCGGGCUCCGCCGGUGGUGGUGCAGGGCGCCGAGCGCUCCCAGUCGGUGCGACAUCUCCGCGCUCAAGUAGCAUCGCUGGCUAACGUUAGCUAACAACAUCGAUCUGUGCUGCUCCACCCCCCUCUCCCUCCGGUCGACCCCCGCUACCGAUCCGUCACAUCAACACUUGAUUGAUAGCUCACACUGGACCAGCGAGGGCAGGCCCCCUCCCCCGACCGUCCAUCGGCUACCGCAGGAGACCCACCGGUUCCUCCCCUGACGUUUUGGAUUUAGGGCCCGCAACUUCGGAGUUUUAACCCGUAUUAUUCAGACCACCGACCCCCUUUCCUCCUCCUCUGUGGCCUUUUAGGGGUCUGUUUCCUCUCUACCUCAACAUCCAGAUGCCUCCCCGCCCCUCAGCUGCACUAUCACCCCGAAACUGAUCCUUCCGAGCCCCAACAGACACCGGCUCUGCUGCUUCUGACAAUCCGACCAGGGAGCGCUGCUCUGCGGGCACUGAUUGCGUCGAACCCCGGCGGACAUCUCCGGUUCUCUCCUUCCCUUUCUUUCUCUCUCUGUGUGGCUGCAGAGGGAAGCUAUCUAUCUGCCCUCUUCCUCUUCACACCCACACAGUCAGCACAUCCAGUGACCGGUCUGUCCCCACACCUCCCUCAAUCCCAGCACAUAUCCGUGACACAAACCCCGCAGCGCCCGAGCCACGGGUCUCGCCAUGCCGGGUCCGGUGGCCGGUAGCAAGUCCCGUGUGUACGCAGACGUCAAUACGCUGAAGAGCCGAGAGUACUGGGAUUACGAGGCCCACGUCCCCAACUGGAACAACCAGGAAGACUACCAGCUGGUUCGUAAGCUGGGCAGAGGGAAGUACAGCGAAGUGUUUGAGGCCAUCAACAUCACCAACAAUGAGAAAGUGGUGGUCAAGAUCCUGAAGCCGGUAAAGAAGAAGAAGAUCAAGCGAGAGAUCAAGAUCCUGGAGAACCUGCGGGGAGGGACCAACAUCAUCCGACUGGUAGACACAGUCAAAGACCCAGUGUCCAGAACUCCAGCGCUCGUCUUUGAAUGCAUCAAUAACACAGACUUCAAGGAGUUGUACCAGAAGUUGACAGAUUAUGAUAUCCGUUUCUAUAUGUAUGAACUACUGAAGGCUCUGGACUACUGUCACAGUAUGGGAAUCAUGCACCGUGACGUCAAACCCCACAAUGUGAUGAUCGACCACCAGUUGAGAAAGCUACGCCUUAUAGACUGGGGUUUGGCAGAGUUCUACCACCCUUCCCAGGAGUACAACGUCAGAGUGGCCUCGAGAUACUUCAAAGGGCCUGAACUUCUGGUGGACUACCAGAUGUAUGAUUACAGUCUAGACAUGUGGAGCUUGGGCUGUAUGCUGGCCAGUAUGAUUUUUCAGAAAGAACCCUUCUUCCAUGGACAAGACAACUAUGACCAGUUGGUGCGAAUUGCCAAGGUCCUGGGGACAGACGAGCUCUUCGGCUACCUGCGUAAAUACCACAUUGAACUGGACCCGCGCUUCAAAGACCUGCUGGGACAGCAGAGCAGGAAGCGCUGGGAACAGUUUGUGCAGACAGAGAACCAGCACCUGGUGAGUCCUGAAGCUCUGGACCUGCUGGACAAGCUGCUACGCUACGACCACCAACAGAGGCUGACUGCCACAGAGGCCAUGGAGCACCCAUACUUCUACCCAGUAAUAAAGGAGCAAUCUCUGUCAAACUCUGACAACAACAUGGUAUCCAGUGGCAACACUACAGCGCGAUGAAACACAGAAGUGGAAGAAGAAGAUGUUUGUUACCUCAGCUUUGUACCCGGUUGUGACAGUAACUUUGACAAGUGUACAGUGACAAUGGAUCAAAGUAUCUCUGACCAGUUACACACUCCCAAAUAUGUGCAUACGGAUACACACAUCUACACACACUGAUGCAAGCACACUUUUACACAGACACACACGCAAACACGUAUACACACACUCACCUCCUGUAUCAGUCUGCGAUUGGCUUGUCCUGGUUCCCUGUCCAGCAGCCCGACCAAUGAGCUUGAAGCUGCUCCCCCCAUCGUCCCCCAUCGUCUUUUUCCUCCCAGCUCCGUCUCAUGUAGGUCAACAAGGACAAACUACUUUUAAAGACAAUUCAGUCCCUCCUCUCUGUCCUCCCUCCUUUAUAUCAUCCCCUGUUUGUUUGCAUCAGCAUGGAGAAUGAACAGGAGCGUGAGCCUGUCCCAGUCCCGACCCCCGACACCCCCCACCCUCCCCCCUCCAGACCUCUUCAUCCAUCCGUCUGUCUGUCUGCCCCCCUCCCUCCCCCCCAACAGACAGAUGGACGUCUUAGCACUACUCCAGUUCUGAAAGUGGCAUGGUGGACUCUCUCUAGAUAGAAUGAUGAUGAUAAUAAUAUUAAUAAUGAAAAAUAAAUGAUUUUUAUUUAGAUGAUGUCUGCCUGUGUCGCGAGUGAAUUAUUACUUUUUGUAGCUGUGGGACAUCUUUCAGAUUAGGGCUGUGCCAUGUUGAUGAUAUCGGUAUAUUUUGUUUAUGAGUAAAAAAACAAUGCAUCUCAUGAUAUUGGCAACAUUCACACUUCUUGACGUAGUGGCAUAAGGGUUUCCAUUAAUGACCUAGACCAGGGAUGGGCAACUGGAGGCCCGGGGGCCGCAGACGGCCCUCACCCUCACUUGAAGUGGCCCUCAGUACAACUACAUGCAUUUGAGCAUGAAAUCUUAAAAGUGCAGUGUAAAAAUGCACAAAAUUACUUCUUGCAAUUAAUGUUGGUCUGCUG